AAACCGAGCUUCUCGUACUUUAAGAUUUGGGGCUGUGAAGCUUAUGUAAAACGUCUCAUGACGUCUAGUAAGUUGGAGCCUAAAUCUGAUAAAGUAAUUUUUGUGGGAUACCCCAAGGAAACUAGAGGGUAUGAGUUCUAUCAUCCACCCGAUAACAAAAUCUUCGUUGCUCGGAAUGGAACCUUCCUUGAGAAGGAGUUUCUCUCUGCUAUCACUAGUGAGAGAAAGAAUGAGAAUCUUCAUUCAAUCCGUUGAUUACACACUAUGGAUGGCAAUCAACAACGGAGUUUCUCUCCCAACAAAGAAGGUGGGCACGAAAAGAGUAAAGAAACUUGAGGAGGAAUACAAUGAAGAAGAUAUCAAGAAGGUGGAACAAGAUGCAAAAGCUCUUAACCUUUUACUUUGUGCAAUUGACGCGCAAGAAAUUCAAAAGUUCUCUGGAUAUCAAACGGCUAAGAAUCUAUGGGAUGGCAUUCGUGAGAAAUACAAAACUCUACAAGGAGAAAAAGAAGUAACCCAUAUUUGCGUCAUGGCCAAUGAAGAAGAAGAGACAUCGGUUUUCAGUGUUGGCUGCCAAACCAUGGUUCUGGCAAACCAUCCCAACAUGCAUGUCGGAAAUCCCAACAGCGAUGUUGGCCUUCCGAAGCCCUGGGCAGAUGAUUCUUCUGAAUAUGUGUGGGCACUUGGACCUCUUCAGGUUGACUUUCUUGAGGCUCUACGUGGUGCUCCUUUGGUUGCUCUGACAAACUUGAUCUCUUGGGAUUUUGAGGUCUUUCUUGUGUCUGUGUAUCCAAUGCAGGUCCUCCAGUUGCUCUGCAAGACUAUCCUCUUCAUCUUAAGUGACACAGACAACAAACGCACAGUUGGAUUCUUCAUAAUCACUAUGAUCCUCAGUUUCUUCAUCACUCCAGUGACAACUCAUGUUCACUGUCAUCUUCUACCUCAGUGCUGGGAAAUGCAAUCUGCUUGUCGAGUUUACGCCAUUUACUGUCUUCUGCCAUGUCGGGUUUACGCCAUUUCUAGUAUUCCCAUAAGUGCAUCAAGGGUCAUGGUCUUGAUAUUAGGGUUGGGAGGAAAAAAGUCCUACAACGAUCCACCACUUGAGAAGAUAAACGAUAACUCCUCUAGUGUCCUUGUUACUGCAGGAACUAAAAGAUCAAAUGCAUCAAGAAUGUUCAACGCAGGAGUUACCGAGGGACAAUCAACCACGAUGCCACCUUUGUUUGAUGGAACAAACUACUCGUAUUGGAAGGAGAGGAUGAGAAUCUUCAUCCAAUUCAACGACUACAAGCUGUGGUUGAUUGUGAAGAACGGCUGCGGGAUUCUAAUGAAGGAGGUCGAUGGAGUCUACCUUCCCAAAACCAAAGAAGAGUUCGACGAGAACGACUUCAAGAAGAUGGAGCUCAAUGCCAUGGCAAUAAACAUAAUUUAUUGUGGAGUGAAUGUAGAUGACUACCGGAAGAUCUCGCAGUGUGAAACUGCAAUGCAAAUGUGGGAGAAGUUGGAAGUCACCUUCGAAGGAACCACCCAAGUUCGGGAGGCUAAAAUAGACCAACUCACCCACGAGUACGAGUUGUUCUCAAUGAAGGAGAACGAGAAGGUGGAAGAGAUGUUCGAGAGAUUCUCCAACAUCAUCAAUCCUCUCAACCUUCUCGGAAAAGUCUACACCGACCGAGAACUUGUAAGGAAGGUGUUGCGGAGCUUAUCACCCAAGUGGCGUUCAAAGGUGGACGCAAUUGAGGAAGGGCGCGACUUCCAAACAAUGACUUAGGACUCUAUUCGAGAAUUUCAUUGAUAAAAAAAAUAAUACUUAUACUUGUAUUAACAACAAUACAUAAUACGAUAACAUUUCAAAGCGUUACAAGUAACCCAUUUAAUAGAAAGUAAACCAACAUCUCAAAAUUAGUUCAUCAUUUGCGUACGUUUCAAACUAAAGUAUAAACCGUCAAAGUGAACUAAAUUAAAAUACGCAUUGAUAUGGAAGAUAUAGUCCAAAGCUUUAAUGUUCGUCAUUGUCUACAUCUUCAAGUUUAUCGCUCUCAGCUUCAUCAUCUUUAUUCCAUCAAUCCUUGUCAUGACUUUUCUCGGUGGUUGUAUUACCAUCUAUUGUAGAGUCAUCAAUUUCAGAUUGAUUAGCCGUUGAACCCUAUGCAAAAUAAAAAAUUAUAAGCACAUGAUAACGUAAGGUCAUCGAAUUUGGAUUGAUUAGCCGUUAGAACCCAAUAAAAAAUAAAAAAAAUUAUAAGCACAUGAUAACCUAAAUACGAAUAUUACACUAAAUUUACCCUACAUUC